AUAGAUUGUCUCGUUCCGUGGCAACGUACGGGCAUUCAGCUAGUAUAUAUAACGGAGGAAGGUCCAGCCGGAACUCCACACGCAGCAGUCUCCCACUAUAGCAAGCACGGUACCAAAAUUCACGCGAGCUCUCUCUUUUCCGUUUUCCCUUGUUCACGGCGUGCAGCGAAGAACUACGGUGGGGUGUACAACAUCCAUGGCUGGGGCGACCCCUACUUCGCCGUGAACAAGCACGGCCACCUCUGCGUCCGACCCCACGGCCGCGGCACGGCCCCGGGCCAGGAGAUCGACCUGGUCUCCGUCAUCCACCAAGCGGCAGCGACGACGACCACCGAUGAUCACGACGACAAGGAGAAGUGGAAGCUCCAGUUCCCCAUGAUCCUCCGCUUCCCCGACGUGCUCCGGCACCGGCUCGACUCGCUGCACGCCGCGUUCGCGGCCGCCGUCGAGCACACCGGCUACCGCUCCGUCUACCAGGGCGUGUUCCCGGUGAAGGUGAGCCAGAACAAGGCCGUCGUGCAGGACAUGGUCCGCUUCGGCCACGAGUACGGCUACGGGCUCGAGGCCGGGUCCAAGCCGGAGCUGCUCAUCGCCAUGAGCUGCCUCACCAAGGCCAAGCCUGGCGCCUACCUGGUGUGCAACGGAUACAAGGACAAGGACUACGUCGCGCUCGCUCUGGCGGCGCGCGCCAUGGGCCUGAACGCCAUCAUCGUGCUUGGGAUGGAGGAGGAGCUCGACAUCGUUGUGGAGCAGAGCAUUAGGCUCGGCGUCGAGCUGGCGAUCGGUGUCCGCGCCAAGCUGCUCACCAAGAUACCGGGCCAUUUCGGGUCGACGGCGGGCAAGGCAAGCAUGCAUGGCAAGUUCGGGCUCCUGGCGGAGAGGAUCUACGAUGUGGCCCGGAAGCUCAAGGGUAUGGGCAAGCUGCACUGGCUCAAGCUGCUGCACUUCCACGUCGGCUCCAUGAUCCCGUCCACGGACAUCGUCUUGAGGGCGGCGAGCGAGGCCGCCGGGAUCUACUGUGGCCUCCUGAACGACUGUGGCGCGGAGGCGAUGGCCACGCUGGACUGCGGCGGCGGGCUCGGAGUCGACUACGACGGGACGCGGUCGGGUAGCUCCGACAUGUCGGUGGCGUAUGGGCUGGAGGAGUACGCGUCGAGCAUCGUGCAGGCGGUGCGGCUCAGGUGCGACGACAACGGCGUUCCCCACCCCGUGCUCUGCACCGAGAGCGGCCGCGCAAUGGCGUCCCACCACUCCAUGAUCAUCCUUGAGGCGCUCUCGGCGAUCCCCGAGCCGAGAGACGACGGCGAGACCAUCGAGCAGCUGCACGCCAUGAUCCAUGAGCUCGCCUCGAAGCAGCAGCCGAGCGCGCUAUUGAAGGGUGACGCGGCGGCAGCGGGCAUCAAGAAGCAUGGCAUCGAGAUGUACAAGCUGGGGAAGAAGCUGUCCAAGAGCGUCAUGGCUGACACGACCACCAUCUACAACUACCACAUGAACCUCUCCGUCUUCUCGCUGGUGUCGGACUUCUGGGGCAACCGGCAGCUGUUCCCGAUGAUGCCGGUGAGCCGGCUCCACGAGCGGCCGACCCGCAUGGCCAUGCUCGUGGACCUCACCUGCGACAGCGACGGGAGGAUCGAGAAGUUCAUCGGCGGCGCUGAGACGCUGCCGCUGCACCCGCUGGACCCUGUGCUCGGCGGCUACUACGUGGCCGUGCUCCUCGCCGGCGCGUACCAGGAGGCCCUGUCCUCUAAGCACAACCUGCUCGGCGGCCCGAGCCUGGUGCGCGUCCUCGGCGGUGGCGACGGUGGGUUCAUACUCGACACGACCCACCUGGGCCCGACGACGGAGGAGCUCAUCGGCACCAUGAGGUACGACGUGAAGGAGGACAUCGCCGGCGUGAUCGAGGAGCGGGCGAGGGAGAAGCAGGUGUGGGAAAUGGUGGGGACGCUCGUGGAGAACGGGCUCUACACCAUGCCGUACCUCGUCGACUAUUAG